UAUCAUCUCUAUUUUAUUCUGCAUAUUGUCAAACGUGUGGUCAAACUCCGUGUAAAGAUGGGUACUGUUGCAGUAAAAAGACGGGGCAGCCUAAAAAUUGUUGUUGUACAAGUACAGCCACAGGUUUCAGUAUUUCAUGUAUCUCCUCCACGUCAUCAUCAACAAGCUUCCCUUGGUGGGGCGCUGUAUUAAUUGUUGCUGCCCUGAUAGCAGUCAUCGCAACCAUUGUGUUUAUAAUCAUAAGGAGAAGAAGGAGGGCAGUAUACGGGAACAUAUAAGCGUUUAUGAACAAAACUUCCCUGUUUCAAAUAGAUCGAGUUGUUGAACCAUUGACAUAUUAUAUGUGCUUUUAACUUACGGUAAUUAUUAAAGUAUAAAAUGAUGUAUUUGUAAGCUGUGUUGGUUGGUUAGUGUGUUGAGCAUAAUAUGCGUAAAAUCUAUAAAACUUUACCUGCGUGUAUAUACUUAACGUACAUCAAUACAAAUAUCAUCAAUUUAAUCCAAUUGUUCAAACAUCGUUAUCAAUGUUAUUUUAAUCAGCCUCUAUUUGCCCCCAUCCUAACAUUAUACUGGAUGGUAAAUUAUAGGCAAUACGAUCUGACCUAAUGCGAGUAACCUAUACCCGAUACUGUUCAUCUAAGAUAUAUUUACAUUGUACUGUUUUGAUUGUUUUCUUCCAUGAACAUUAACUUCUUUACACACAAUACUUUUGUUUAUUGUUCUAUCAAAGGAACAUACUGUGGAACCCUGAAAAAUCUACUUAUGUUAUGAGAUCAGUAUUGUUCCUGCUUUCGUACUCCUAUAUACUUUUAUAUAUAUUUUGUAUCGGUAUAUUUACAACACCACGUUGAUUUUAAUAGCAAUUUUAGUUAAAUGUUAUAUACUGCCACAGUAAACUAAACCCUUUAUAUUUUUUAUUUU